AUGUUGUACCUAACCUCAACCCCCAAGUCCAUAGGGACAUUAUUGGUCCAAGAUGUAGACGGAGCAGAACGCCCAGUGUAUUACAUCAGCCAAAAGAUUCGAGGAGCAGAAGUCCGAUAUACUCCGAUAGAGAGACAUUGCUUAGCUUUGGUAUUCCCUGCCCAAAAGCUUAGACAUUACUUCUUAGCACAUCAUAUUCAGAUUGUUACUAGAAGUGAUCCAAUCCGAUACCUCCUCAGCAAGCCUGCUUUAACCGGGAAGGUGGCAAGAUGGUUGUUAGCACUGGGCGAAUUCAAGAUCACAUGUGUAGCUCCCAAGGCAAUCAAAAGUCAAUCCUUAGCCAAUCUCCUCGCCCAAUUUCCAAGUGGUGACUAUGAACCAGUGAAUGAAGAAUUAAGAGGAGAGGUGCAUGCAACUAUGGCUUCCGAGGAAAGCUUUUGGACAUUAAGCUUUGACGGAGCAGCAGCCAGAGGUAAAGGAGAAAUCGGGAUAGUCCUUACAAGCAAAAGUGGGAAAAAGUUAUAUUUGUCUUAUAAACUGGAUUUCCAUUGUUCGAAUAAUGAAGCCGAGUAUAAGGCUCUUAUUUUGGGCUUGAUAGCAACUGAGAAGUACAAUAUCAAGAAGAUUCGAAUUCGGGGGGACUCAAAGCUGAUAGUGAAGCAAGUUUUAGGACAGUUCGUCUUAAAGGAGCCUGCCUUGGCCACGUAUCGAACAACAGUCCAAAUGCUUCUUGACAGAUUUCAGAAGGUCGAAAUAGAGCAUGUGCCUCGCUCCGACAGCAAGUUUUCAGAUGCCCUCGCAACAUUAGGGGCAAGAGUUAACAUUCCAGAGGAAGAGGCGACAAUUGUUAUCAAGAAGAGAACAGAACCUUCAAUAAUACCCGAAGAUAAAGACUUUCCGGAGGAUUGGAGAGGAGAAGUUCUCGAACGACUCAAAAGCAAAGUUGGAAAACUGACUAUGGCCAAGCUUGCCCAAUUCAUAAUAAUUCAAGGUGAACUUUACUUUCGAGGAGGGCUCAUCUCCACACCUUCUAAGGGGUACAAGUGGAUUCUCGCAGCAACAGAAUUGAGCACAAAGUGGGUCGAAGCAAUUCCUCUAAAGAACGCUACGGGGCCUGCAGUCGCGAACUUCAUCAAGGAGAAUAUCAUUUGCCGGUUUGGAGUACCAAACACCAUCCUCUCGGAUAAUGGCACUCCCCUCAUAAACAAAUAUGUGAAGAGCCUCCUAGAGACUUACCAAGUGAAGCAUCACAAAUCCACACCCUACUAUCCAAAAGGGAACGGGCAAGCGGAGGCCACAAACAAGACACUGAUAAGGAUUUUGAGCAAGAUGAUGGAUGAAUUUGGGGGGACUUGA